AUGACUGUAGAAAAUGACAAGGACUGGAUCCCCCUUGGAAGCCUUGAAAAUGCCUCAUCAGAUCUUAGCUUUCAUGCAUACACCAACACCACCCCAACAUCAGAAGCCAAUAAAGGAUACACGUUUGUGGCGGAAGCGUUUAGUGGCGACAUAUACUUGCCGGCCUCACAGUGGAAACUGCGCAUCAUUGGUCCUUACACCCCGCUUCCAUACCUGGCCCGAGACUCUCCGUGCAGCACCUUCUCCGUAAAGGAGUUCAGGGACUACUACAUACCCAAUGAUAAGAACAUUUUAUUCAGGUACUCGGUUAAAGUGGCGUCAGCACACCCUGUUACCAUACAGGUGCGCACAUCAAAACCAGAUGUAUUUAUCAAGCUGCAGGUGCUAGAAAGUGAAGAAGCUAUGGUGAACUCCCUUGGAAGAGGCCAAGCUAUAAUUCCAGUUUUUACUUUUUUGGGGAAUGAGAAAACUGUGAGUUCCCAGUCUAACAAGAAAGUUCUUCCAUAUCAUAGUCCAUCCAAGAAAGAGCCAGAAGUAUAUGUUAAGAAGAAAUCUACCCAAGGAAGCCAGAAGCCCUACAAGAGUAGACGUGGAAGUGGACUAACUGACAGUGCCCCGCCGCUGGAGGAUGAAGUUAUCACUGUGCUCCCCACUACAGAAGAGAACUCUAACAUGCCACAGCAGGACUACAAGUACAUUGUACAGUGUUUAGUGCUGCAUAACAGUUGGCCUCUCACUGAAAAUCAGUCAAUGUUUGUUCAAGCACUGAAAGACUUGGAGAAAAAAGAUAUCAAAG